UUUACCCUUUACCUGGCAAUAAUAAAAGUAAAAUAUGAAAGAUAUUUUCCUAGUCCUGAGGAAUUUUUGGUUGUUUUGAAUAUUCCCUAUACUACAUACAAUAUAAGAAUACAUCUCCUUUUUCAUAAAAAAAAUAAUUUUUAAGGAAGUACUUUAAUUUUAUACUUUAUUUCAAAAGUUGGUAGUGUUGAUAUUUUUAAGUACAAUAUGGCGGCCUCAAAACUGGUGAAUUGUUUAUUAAUUAUUUCACUAGUAAAUGUCGCAGUAGGGGAAGUAGCCCAUAAACCAAACUUAAGAGACGAAUCGGACGACGACGAUGAAUUAAAUAACGAACACGAUCCUGGAGAACCGCCUCCCAGUGAUUUGCUUUCCAAACAAAAUCUUAAUAGUAUCCAAACCACGUUAAAACGAUACAAAUGCCAUUCUUGUGAACCACCUGACUGUUCGAUACUUACAACUUGCACGAAUGCCUUUCAGUGUUGGAAAUCUAGAGUACGAGAAAGUACUGGUGAAGAGAGCGUAACAAGAGGGUGCACCACCAAUUCGGAGCAAUUGCCUCUAAUAUGUCGGUCGCCUUCGGUCUCAGUUCCAAACAAACGGCAUGCCAGUGGCCAAUUUCAAAUAGACUGUUGUUCUGGCGACUUCUGCAAUGAUGGAGACUUCCCUGCACUGCCUCCACUUUAUGUAGAAAACAUGAAUCCUUAUUCUGACUCUUUCAUGUUCGGCUUAAAGAUGGUCGGUGCCGUAUUAGCCCCCGUUGUGGUCCUGGGUGGUCUAGGUUUGCUAGCACUGUAUUUUCUGAGACGUUUCCACAGAAAUAGGUUAUGUAGUGAAAGCAGAUUAGAUCCCGACCUGUACUAUGCCACAGACGAUUUACUUAGGGCUACCGCGGCGGGCGAUAGCACGCUGAGGGAAUAUCUAGAGCAUUCGAUGACUUCUGGCAGUGGUUCCGGUCUUCCGCUUUUAAUUCAGAGGACUCUGGCCAAACAGAUUUCCCUUGUAGAGUGUAUCGGUAAGGGGCGGUACGGGGAGGUUUGGAGAGGCAUUUGGCACGGGGAGAGUAUCGCGGUGAAGAUUUUCUUCUCAAGGGAUGAAGCGAGUUGGACCAGAGAGACGGAGAUAUAUAGUACAAUAUUGCUUCGGCACGAAAACAUACUGGGUUACAUAGGAUCGGACAUGACCUCGAGGAACUCCUGCACCCAGUUGUGGCUGAUAACGCACUAUCACUCGUUAGGUAGCCUGUACGACUACCUAAAUUACACGUCGCUGUCGCACCAGCAGCUGAUGAGGCUGUGCCUCUCCAUAGCUAACGGACUGGUGCAUCUGCACACGGAAAUAUUUGGAACUCAAGGUAAGCCGGCAAUAGCGCAUAGGGAUAUAAAGAGUAAGAAUAUUUUGGUGAAAAGCAACGGGACAUGCUGCAUAGCCGACUUCGGGCUGGCGGUUACUCAUUGCCAAUCGACUGAUCAGUUAGAUGUAGGCACAAACCCCAAAGUGGGCACCAAGAGGUACAUGAGCCCGGAAGUUCUUGACGAAUCAAUCCGAAUGGACAAUUUCGAUUCCUUCCGAAGGGCGGAUAUUUACGCCCUCGGCCUGGUCGUGUGGGAGAUCUGCCGUAGGACCAUCAGCAACGGAAUAGCGGAGGAUUACAAACCGCCUUUCUUUGACGUGGUGCCCAGUGACCCGAGUUUCGAGGAUAUGAGGAAGGUCGUUUGCGUCGACCAGCAGCGUCCUAACCUGCCUAAUAGGUGGGCCAGCGAUUCCCUUUUAUGCGGAAUGGCGAAGCUGAUGCGGGAGUGCUGGCACCAGAACCCUAACGUGCGACUGCCCGCCCUUAGGAUUAAGAAAACCCUGAUAAAGAUGGCCAGUGCGGACGCUAUAAUAAACAUGGAAGACAUGGAAGUAUGCGUGUGAUAGUAAGAGGUGUUUGUUGAAAAGAGAGAUACUCAAAACUCUGUAGCCUCAGAUAUUGUUCGAAAUGAUUUCUCAUUUUUUCAGUACAUAUUAAGAUGUGCCAAAUUUUAUCGUACGUUAACUAUUUUUUUUUUUAACUAAAUUAAGGACCAGUAUUAAGUUAAAGUUUCUGUACUCCUAAACUGUUAAGUGCCAUUUAUUUCUCGUUGUGUUUAUCGUUACACGAUACCUUUAAUUUUAGGUACUUUGUAGCGUAGACGGUCUCAGUGCUGCCCAUAAGUUGUAAAUUUGAAUUUCGUGAUGAGGAUCGCUGAACGUUGUCUGUUGCGGUGUGUUAAAAUGUGAUAUUAAAAUUUAUAUAGUUUAUCGUUUGAUAUUCUGUUGAAAAAAGAGACAAUCACGAGAUAUUGACUGUCUGCCAGCCCUGACGACACAUUAUCAGAAGCGGGAUGCGGCCACAGUCUCAUUCGCGACGGGUAGGAACUUGAAAUUGUAGACUCCGUAAAGUGGAGAACCGCGAAUAAAAAACGUUACAUUUUUUUAUCGCCGAAAUCAGAAAAUAGAAUUUCGAAAUUAAAAGAUGUGUUGUGAAUCAGAGAUUGUGGUCGUUGUCCCUUGUGUAGAGCUUUAAGUUGUAUUUAUUUAUUGUUAAUUUGUUUUCGUAACUUAGAGUACAGUUCAUCAAAUUACAGUAAAGGAAUUGCUGUUUUUUGGAGGAAAAUAACUUUGUAGGAACUUGUUUUCUUUUAAUAAAAGAAAUGCCGUCAUUUUUUACGAUGUAGGUGAUAUGAAGGUAAGCGUUAGUAAACCCGGUUUUCAAGAUCGGAAGUCAGUUUCGGAAUCAAAUUCCAAUGCAAAUCCCAAAAUUGAACAAAAAAAAAAAAAACAAACAUCAAAAAUCCUUCUAAAAUCCAAAGUACAUGGUUAUGUGAACAAUUGUUCAGAUGAAAGUUACUGGUCUCCAAGGGGCACAUGUUGUCGUGACCUUGUUUGCGACCUUGAAGGUCAUUUUCAAGGUCAACGUAGUUUUUUUAAUUGGAAACCCUUAUUUUCAACCCCGGAUUCGGAAAGAGCGGAAAAUCCUACGUUCAGAUGAUGUAUCAUGUGUGGGGUCCAUUUGACCCCUCAAGGUCACGUCAAGGUCAAUUUUUUGUUGGGUUAACGUCGCCAUAGUUUUUCAGCAGCGGCAAAUGACUGCUUCAAAAUAAACUUGUUACAUGUCGUGUGCUUCUUCAUUGGUGUACACCAUUUCUGCAAAAGUCUUUUUCUAAAUUAAUUUUAAUGUUACAAGUCAAGAUUAUUGAAACAUGUCACUUCAAAAUUUUGCAACGUUUAUCUGACACAUUUUUCGCUAAACCUUCACUUUGUGGGGUCAUUUUUGAGUGGAAAGAUUCAGUUUAAAAAAAAUUACCUUAACGUGACCUUGGGGGUCAAAUGGACCCCACACAUCAUCUGAACGUAGAAUUUUCCGCUCUUUCCGAAUCCGGGGUUGAAAAUAACGGUUUCCAUUAAAAAAACUAAGUUGACCUUGAAAAUGUCCUUCAAGGUCACAGACAAGGUAACGACGAUAUGUGUGGUCUGGGACACCUCGUAUACUCAUUUUAUCUGGGAUCGUAUGAAAGGUGAUCGUAUGAGUUUUUUAAUGCAAUUUCUAGUGUAAAAAAUUGGUUUUCUUCAGGGAAUAUGCCAUCAAAGUUGUGAUUACAUGAUUCCAGUUCGAAGGCAACUCGUAACUCUUCGAUGUAGUAAAUAGUGUGUCAGUAGGAGCUCUCUGCGCAACAUUUGAUUUGGUGUCAUAAGUUUGUUACGAGUUGAUUCUUUUAUAUAUCCUUAGUACUCUUUACGACGGCCUAUUAAUUAUCGAGUUCACUUUUAGUAACAAUGUAUCGCUUCAGGCAUGAAUUCGCCUUGCUCGUGGUUUUAACCAAGCCGUCUGCGCAAUAAAGAGUGAUUUUACACAUGUACCUUAAAUAACUGUUUCAAUUUCGUAAACUCCAUAUCAGCGUGACUUAUUGCAUUAAAGAAUGGUCUUUCUAUGAAUUAGAUCAUCCAAGUGUUGUCGCUCACAUAGACGUGAUCAAAUCUUUGAAAUGUGAAAACUAUUUGAAAAUCAUUACCGUUUGGUUUGAUAUAAGGAAGUCGUACAUAAACAACCUCAUUUCGAGACUUUCGUGAUCAAUCCCAAGAGUUGAAACCUCAGUCUUUAAAUUUUGAAGCUCCAAAAACCCAGAUUUUGUCCCUAAUACACAGGGAUCUGUAUAGUACAUCUUUAGAGAUUUGCAUUCAAUGGGAUUCAAACCCUUUAAUUCUACGGCCGUUCCAUACACUUGGACAUUGUUUUUAGUGUUCAGCCUAUUUAUGUAAUAGUCUUUUAUAUUUUAUUUGUACUAUCGACCCAGUGAACAUGAAUUUUAUCAAUUUUUUUUUUUCAUGUCGCAUAUACAGAGGUGUAACUUUAGUGGGGAUCAUAUUUAUGCAGAGGCUUCCUUUGACCUUCAGAAAGACGUAUCAAUAGUUUACUUUUUGUUCGCUGCACAUACAGUACUUAACAAGUAACCUAGCAAAAAAACUGGAGCUGUAAUUAGUAAUGAUAAAUGAAAUACACAAAAAUAAAUAGUUUUCUCUGAAUUUGUUCCCGUCCAACAUUAGCAUAUUGCCGUUCAAAGCUUGCAUAAUCUCUUAAAUAUGUAACCUGCCACUUUUAACUAUGUGGACCUCAGAGUACAGAGUUGGUUUGGUUUUCAAAUGCAGAGUAACAACUGACCCCCUUGCUUUGUCACAGUUGACCUGCACUAUCCCUUCACAUGCACUGUAAGUUGCUUACAAUUCGUGUAUUUGCAAUACAUGAAUAUUACAGUGGCGGCAUACACAAAUAUUAAAGUGCAUUUUAUGAAACUAAUUAUAAUUCGACUAUUUAUUUGAUUAAAAAAAAAAAAAGAAUUUCAGAUUUGUAUUCAGGAGAACACAUACUAUUACCCCUAGAAAACUGACCCCUGCUUACAGUUACACCCCGUAUAUUCCAACUAGUUUUUGCUGUGCAAAGUCGUCAUUGGGGAAAAAGGAAAGUCUUAUAGAUAAGCCUGGUUUUUUUAGUGUACUAACACAUAUCGCUUUAAAAAUUACGCUGGGCUUUAACCUAAAAAUUCUUGCAUUUUGAAAGUUAUCAUAAUGGUUAAACCAGUUGGAUGCACUAAUUUUGAACAGUCACCUGAAAUUUGCUAGUAAAAAAACGUUUUUUGGUCAUUUUAUAAAAUUUUAUUUAAGAUUUUGAUAUUUUGAAAAAUCUAUAAUCGUAGAACAUUAUGUGCGGUAUGCAAGUAACCGUGAUAAACCAAAAAAAUUUACUCGUAGACCUUUCCCAUGAAAAUCUCAAUUUAAUUUUUAAAUCGCGUUUAAUUUUCAAAAUCUAGCGAUUUUUUUCUAUUUGGUCGCAAAUUACUCAAAGUACAAAAAUACUUUCAGGUUAAAGUUAGACUACCAUGACAAUGUAGAACAAGAAUUAAUACAAUGUUUAUUAUGAAAAUAAAUUUUUCACUGAUGAUGGUCGUAAGGUCUCGAAACUGUUGGAAAAAGGCUUUAUUUUUUAUCAACUCCCCAGAAUUUGCCGAUUUUCCUGGUUUAAAAAACCACUAAGUUAUUUUCCACAAAAUUCAGUCAUUCGACUGGUAAUCUCAGGAAUUGUAUUUAAUAGAAAGUUAAGUUAAGAGCAACGGACAUUCUCAAAUCAAAUAUAGAAUAAUUGUAACUGUUAGGUAUCUUUUAUAUUUGUAAAUAUCACGUAUCUAUAUCUCGAUAUCAUAUCUGUUCGAGGCUGUCGGGCAUAAAGGCACCCCCACCCGCGGGCAGUUUUAAGCCCAGCAGCUGUUGUUUUAAUAACUUUAAGUAACAAAUUCAUAUCAAUUUAUUUAUCAAUUUAUGGAAAUAUCUAAUACUUACUCACCUGUCGUUAUCAUCGUCAGUAUUUUGUUGUAGUUGUGUGACCCAUUCAUUUCAUUUGUACAUACUCACCUCACCUAGAUAUCCGACAAAUUCCGUAAGCAAUAUAUUUAGUUUCAAACAUA